AUGGAUCAAAAGAAAUUGGUUGUUAGCAUUCUACAGUUCUUGACUGGCUCAUUGCCUUCGUUGUCAAGUGAUAGCGCAGAGUCACUUCAAGUGUCAAUCGAUUGUAUACGUGAUGCAUUCGGUGUCAAUGAGAGUGAUCCUACAUUGCAAUCAUCUGCCACACUUCCACAAAUAUUCAAUGCAUUCUCAUCAUCUGCCGCAGCUGCUGCCACCUCCUCACCAACCGCUGCCCAACCAACCCGUCCACUCGAAGAACUCUUUGCUCAGAGCAGCCAAGAGAUCCCCGAUGAGCUUAGACAGUCAUUCUCCAACUACUUGGACAUCCUUCGUCAGAAGGGUGCCUUCAACGACCCAUCCCAACACGAGAACAUAUUGAGAGUGUCAAAGCAGAAGUUUGUAGAGUCAAAGGCAACAGAGAUCAAGGAGAUUGCUGAGAAGCUAAAGGUUGAGGGUAACAACAAGUUGACUGCACUCGAUUUUAAUGGUGCUGUUGAGUGCUACACCAAGGCCAUCCUCUACGAUGGCACCAAUGCUGUCUACUAUGCCAACCGUGCCUCAGCCUACAGCAACCUCAAGCAGUAUGACAACGCCGUCGAAGAUGCCAACAAUGCCAUCUCCAGGAAUCCAUCAUACAGCAAAGCAUACUUUAGACUCGGAUCUGCCAAGAUUUCACAGGGCAAGGCUGCAGAGGCUGUGGAAGCAUUCAAGAAGGCAUUGGAGUUUGAGCCAAACAAUGAGGUCUACAAGUCAUCCUUGGCCAAUGCUGAGGCAAAGUUGAACAGCCCAAUGGCAGGAAUGCCUGCUGGUAUGCCAGACUUGGGAGGCAUGGACCUUGGUUCAUUGCUCUCCAACCCAAUGGUCAAGAACAUGGCGCAAUCCUUUAUGCAGGAUCCACAGAUGAGACAAAUGAUGGAGAAUGGCAACCUCCAAGAUAUGGCAAGAAACGUUAUGAGCAACCCAGAGAUGAUGAGCAUGUUUGGAGGUUUGCUUGGAAAGAAGUAA